AACACUGCUACCAGAAACUGAAUGGUAAGCUGCCAGGGUAGGAGAGCCUUUAUUUAUAGCGCCCCUGUGCGAAUGAGGGUAGCCUAAUUCCUACAUUCCUAUUGGAUACUGUCUACAGAGCUGCCUUGCUCUAUUACAAAUUCGUAUUCAAAUAAAGUGCCACGACAAGUCUCGCGAUCCUAUUGGCUAUCACAACAGCAUAGUCCUCUCGAUUGGUCAGAUUGACAAGUCGGCUUCCCAUUGGGUCUUUCAGGCGGUUUUUGCUUGGCCAAUCACCAGUGUCUGGCCUGAUCGCUACGAGGGCAUAAAAAGGCAAGAACGCGCUUUGCUCUACUGCAGUUUUCUUGCGAUUGUUCAGUGUUAAUUUUUAGUUAAGAAGCUUCAUAAUGUCUGGCCGUGGAAAGCAGGGAGGCAAAGCUCGGGCUAAGGCCAAGUCUCGCUCUUCUCGUGCGGGGCUGCAGUUCCCCGUAGGCCGCGUACACCGGCUCUUGCGCAAGGGGAACUAUGCGGAGCGUGUGGGCGCCGGCGCUCCCGUUUACAUGGCCGCGGUGCUGGAGUAUCUGACUGCUGAAAUCUUGGAGCUGGCUGGCAACGCCGCCCGGGACAACAAGAAAACCCGCAUCAUCCCCCGCCACUUGCAGCUGGCUAUCCGCAACGACGAGGAGCUGAACAAGCUGUUGGGCAAAGUCACCAUCGCCCAGGGUGGGGUCCUGCCCAACAUCCAGGCGGUGCUGCUGCCCAAGAAAACCGAGAGCCACAAAGCCAAGGGCAAGUGAGCAGGCUACUGCUGCUGCCUUCCAGGCGAGGGAGAUCCCUGCUACUCGGAGCAUGUCAACCCCAAAGGCUCUUUUCAGAGCCACUCACAAUGUCAAGCUAAGAGUUGUUAAUCCCUGUUGUGUCGCUUUGGGGUUGUUGCUUUUAUGGGGGUGUUGCGAAGGGAACAU